AAAACAAAACGCAAACAAAAUAAAGUUGAUCUGGAGUUCUUGUCGCUCCGGUGGAUCUUGUUCUUUUUUUUUUGGUGAAAGGUGGAUCUUGUUCUUGCCCUGGAAAGAAAGAACAACGGAGAUGCAGAGACUUAUCGCCACCAGAUCGCUUCUUGGUUCCGCCAUUAGAACACAGAGGAAGUUCUCUUCUCUGUCAUCUCUCCUCUUCGACGACACUCAAUUACAGUUCAAAGAAAGUGUCUCAAAGUUUGCACAAGAUACCAUUGCCCCUCACGCAUCACAAAUCGAUCAGUCAAAUAAAUUUCCUAAGGAUGUGAACUUGUGGAAGCUCAUGGGUGAGUUCAAUCUCCAUGGAAUAACUGCACCGGAGGAAUAUGGAGGUCUAGGUCUUGGUUACUUGUAUCAUUGUAUAGCCAUGGAAGAAAUCAGUCGGGCCUCAGGGUCGGUUGGUCUGUCCUAUGGUGCCCACUCCAACCUUUGCAUCAACCAAUUGGCGAGGAAUGCAACUCCUGCACAAAAGGAAAAGUACUUGCCAAAGCUUAUCAGUGGAGAGCAUGUUGGUGCUCUUGCAAUGAGUGAACCCAAUGCCGGCUCCGAUGUUGUCAGCAUGAAAUGCAAAGCUGAGAAAGUAGACGGCGGUUAUAUACUUAACGGGAACAAAAUGUGGUGCACGAAUGGUCCAGUUGCUCAGACUCUGGUAGUUUAUGCGAAAACCGAUAUAACUGCGGGGUCUAAAGGAAUCACGGCCUUUAUUAUAGAGAAAGGAAUGCCAGGGUUCAGUACUGCCCAGAAGCUGGACAAACUGGGAAUGAGGGGAAGCGAUACGUGUGAGCUUGUUUUCGAGAACUGCUUUGUCCCAAAAGAAAACAUCCUCGGAAAGGAAGGAAAAGGUGUUUAUGUCCUUAUGUCAGGUUUGGAUCUGGAAAGGCUUGUGUUAGCCGCCGGGCCACUCGGUAUAAUGCAAGCUUGCCUUGAUGAAGUACUUCCGUAUAUCCGUCAGAGGGAACAGUUUGGCCGUCCAAUCGGGGAAUUCCAGUUUAUACAGGGAAAAGUUGCGGAUAUGUACACCGCAUUACAAUCUUCAAGAUCAUACGUCUACUCAGUUGCAAGAGAAUGCGACAGUGGAAAAAUUGAUCCUAAGGAUUGCGCCGGAGUGAUUCUUUGCGCAGCUGAAAGAGCGACUCAAGUUGCUUUACAGGCCGUGCAAUGUUUAGGAGGAAACGGGUACAUAAACGAGUAUGCGACAGGCCGCCUUCUCAGGGACGCAAAACUGUACGAAAUCGGAGCUGGAACAAGUGAGAUCAGAAGGAUUGUCAUCGGUCGUGAACUCUUCAAAGAACAGUAGCAGCAGCAUUUAGAUUUCUCGGUUAGAUUAUCCGGCCGGGGUUCAGGUACCGGAGAGGGUGCCACGAUAGAGAUCGAGGGGAGGAAAAAGAGAAGAAAGAGGGAUGUACCCGAGUGAUUGGUUGAGACGUGGUACAGGUCCAUUCGGUCGAAGCAUCCUAACCCUAAUUCCCAAAUACCAUCAUCGCCUCAUGCUCAAUCUCAAUCGGUAGAUAAAUAUCCGAAAUUCCAGAUAUCCGAUUCAUGAAUCGAGACAAUACUUGAAAUUCUGCCCGUG